AUGCAAUGUCUGUGCAAUCACCCGAUGCAGGAGUUACUGAUGCCUCUUGUCUCCUGCCCCUGUAGGCAGUGUGAUGUGAACUUGCUCAUUCUCAAAGCAGCACUGAUGUGUCUUGUUCUCCUCCUUUCUUCCCUUUGCCAUGCAGUGCAAGUGUCAGCAGUAGAGGUGAACACCCCGGAGGAGAUGUUUGUGGAGAAUGGGACGGACGCCAAGCUCCCGUGCACGUUCACAUCUGUAGAAGUGAUCAGCAGUGCAGCAUCUGUGUCCUGGAGCUUCCAGCCAGAGGGAGCAGCCACUCGUAUCUCAUUUUUCUAUUACUCUAAUGGGAAGUCAUACCCUGGAAAAGACAUACCAUUUAAAGACAGGAUCACUUGGGCUGGAGAUCUUAACAAGAAAGAUGCUUCUAUCACAAUAUCAAACAUGCAGUUCCGGGACAACGGCACGUACAUUUGUGAUGUCAAGAACCCACCUGACAUUGUUGUCAAACCAGGAGAAAUCCGAGUUAGAGUUGUGGAGAAAGACAGCCUGCCUGCGUUCCCCAUUGCCACCGUGGCGGGGAUAGCCAUCGGUACGGUUACAGGGCUCUCAUCGCUCAUCUCUAUUGUCGUGUGUCUUGUCAUCAGAAAGAACAACUCUAAAAAACGAUACUCUGGCUGCAGUACCUCUGAGAGCUUGAUGUCUCCGGUUAAGCAAGCUCCGCAGAAGGCGCCCUCCGACACAGAGGGCCUGGUAAACAGCGUGCCCGCCCGAUCACACCAGGGCCCAGUCAUUUACGCGCAGUUAGAUCACUCCGGGGGACAGCACAGCGACAAGAUCAACAAGUCAGAGUCUGUGGUCUACGCCGACAUUCGGAAGAACUGAGAUCCUCAGCUAUCCAAAGGACAACACACAUUCAGACUGGAAUUUCUUGAGCAGGAUUUGACCCAGAGAACUCUCACAUGUGGCCUUUGAUGCCUAGGCUAGGACCAAUGCAUGUGCAUACAGAGGGAGAGAUAUAUAUGUAUUGUGUGUAAAUAGUCUAUUUAAUCGUACAGAAGUGAGACCAAUGUUGCAUGUUGAAAUGCGGUAAGAGUUUUGCUUAUAAAUUGCCAAUAUUCUUUUUUUUUUUGUAUCUUGUGUGACGAGAGAGAAAGCGAAAACUCGCAUCACAAUUUUAAAAUAUUUUUAUCUUGAUUAUUAAUGGAGAAACUGGAAGAUACCUAGAUUGACCUGGAGAUUCUUUUUUUCUUUGCUUUUAGGGCUUAAUUUCUUUUGUUGAGGUGACUAUAAAGAAGACAUUUUCUUUAUAUUCAGAAUUCUUUAUGUAUACAGGGUAUUUAUCUUUCCUUGGUCAGAUUCUCAGUACAGGCUGCCUUCUCGUGUAAACUAGACCCUCUCACUUGGUCAUGUAAGCCAAAUUGUGACUCCUAGCUAUCAGAAAUGUAUGUCUUAGCAGUGUGAGUGAAGGAAACCUUUAGGCCUACCUGACCUGUGUAAUGUGGGUCACAAAACUGUUUACUUCUCAAUGAGCCCAGCUAUUCAAGCUUAGUCCUUUAAGGGACAGGGGUAGUGUUGAUCUAAUUCUGUGAAAUGGUAGUUUACCUGUGAAAGCAAAGGAGAGAGUGAGUUAAAGGCAUAGGAGGAUGUAGCUGUAGAUGGUUACCUCAGACUCUGUUGAACCUUUCAGUGAAAUAUUUCUUCCUCAAAGCUCUGUCAUUUCAUGUGUUAAAAAGGGCUCCAAGGGCUCUGGAAGCUGUAGUACUCCCAUACCUCUCUCCCAUGGCUCCAUUAUGCCACUGUCACCUCCUUGGAAGUGCUUUAUCUGUUCUCAAAAGCCUGUAGUGGAGGCUGAACAACUUCUGGAGGAAAUCUAGGGCUCUUUGGGUUUUUUGAUGUGUGGUUUUUUUUGUGUGACCAAUAUUUGCACAGAAGAUGCGGAUGGGCAGUUUAAUUCCUUAAUCUCUGCAAGUCUAGUGGUUGAAUACAAUUCUCCAGCCUCUUUUUUCUGGGUUAAACUCCUCCUAGAUUAUUAAAGAUCUCUGCUGAUGAGGAUUUCUUUUGCUGACCCAUUGUAUCCUGAAAUCUGGUGCUCAAAACUAGAAGUGGCCUUCCAGCAGAGAUCUUCUCAAAGUGGCAUAUAGAAGAAGGAUUUCUGUUUUGUACAUCCCAAUGUGGUGGUUUUGUUUUGUGUUGGGUUGUUUUUUGGCAGCAAAUAGUUUUCAGUUUGGUCUAUGGUAACUAACCCCUUUUUCUCUGAUUCUUGCCCAUUUCCUAGUUCAGUCUGUUUCAGAAUCAGUCCCAGAAUGGCUGAGGUUGGAGGGGCCUCUGGAGAUCAUCCAGCCUUCCUCCAGCAGGCUCAGCCAGAGGAGGCUGCCCAGCACUGUGCCCAGGUGUGAGCAUCUCCACAGGUGGGACCUCUACAGCAUCUCUGGGCAACCUGUUCCAAACAAACUCAAGCCCACAUUUGACUCUUAACACCAAGCACUUGAAAAAUGGUUACAGGCCCAUGGCAGAGCCUUUCACAACCACUUUAGAUAAUCCUUUAAUUAUGACAGUGCAAUUUAAAUAAUUAUUUUGUGUACAGUGGGGUUUUUUUCCCCAAGAAAAUUAGGUAUGUCAACACUAUAUUCUUUCAUCAGGAUCAGACUUCACUGGUUUCCUGACAACAGCUGCCUUUAUUAGAAAUCAACAGCUUUAUUUUUGUACACAUGCACUGAGUAGAUCUUAGGACAUUGUCCUCAAAGCCAGAACCAGCUUCUUAAAACUGAGGCUCAGAAGGAAAUAAUGGAUUAAUUUAUUCUGCCAUAUGUCAGUUGCUAAUCCUGCAAUAUCUGAAUUUGUGUAAUUCUUCUUCCAAGACUUGGCUGGUAUCAAAAAAGGGGCAUGUUUCAGUUUUAAAGCAUCAGUUUUCAGGUAUUUGCCAAGUCUUGUAGAGAACUGAGCUGUGGCUAACUAACAACUCUGUAAAUAUUUUAGCAUUUUAUUUUUUGGCAAUAACACAUACAAGAUGAAAAAUGGACAAAUUUCUUCUUCACAGGAGACCUUUAAAUAUCUUCUUCUAUAUCAUGGAUUAAGCAUGUUUUUUUUAGCAGUACUCCACAUGAAGGGCUAUGGUGCUUGUACCCAGUGCUGGAAGCUGACAGAGUGGGACCUGCUCACCCCAGAAAUGCUCAGGGGUAGUUGGUCCACUCAAGCUUCCUUCUGUUGAUCACAUCCACUGCUGUGCUUGCUGCAGUGCUGAUGUUGGUGGCUGUAGUGAGGAAAUUCUUCACUCAGAAGCUGGUGAGGCCCUGGCACAGAUUACCCAGAGAAGCUGUGGAUGCCCCAUCCCUGGAGGUGUUCAGGGUCUGGUUGGAUGAGGGUCUGAGCAACCUGGUCUGAUGGAAGGUUCCCUGCCCAUGGUGGGUGGGUUGGAACCAGGUGAUCUUUAAGGUCCUUCCCAACCCAGUCCAGUGUGUGAUUCUGUGGUUCUGUAGGAUCGAGUUGGACUCAAAUGACCCUAAUGGGUCCCUUCCAACCCAGUAUAAAUUAUGAUUAAGAUCAGGAGGAAUCCUGCUGCUGCUGCUUUCCUUAUCUAUCAGGCUGUUACUUCCCAACAUUUAUUUUACACUUAAUAAAACACUAAUGCUUUGGAUGUGGUUAAUGGAGAAACUUGAUUUUGAUCUGUCCAUGUUCAUCCCUGUGCAUCACCAUCUUGCUCCCCCAGCAUUUUUGAGUAAGAAGGAGAAUUGUGAUGAAUGUGGCGAUCAGAAACUUGCUGCUAUGAGAAGAUGGGGCUGGCCUUGCCUCUGAAGUCUGCUACUAAUGUUUGCUUCUUUUCCUGCUGGAAUGUACUGGAAAAUCUGAGCACAAUUCUGAUGUGGUGCUAACUUUAGGAAGCACAUGAAUCUGGUGCUAACUUUAGGACUGAUCUGGUGCUAACUUUAGGAGACACGCUGGUCUGGCUGAUUUUAACUGACUUGAGGAGACAUCUCCUUGCAUGGCUCUUGUCUGGCUACAGGUAUGUUCAUAUUGCCUACACUGAGGAGGCUCCCUUGGGUCCUCUUUAUGAAGGCACAAUGAACUUGGAAGUAUUUUUAAAAAACACUAAACAUCCUUUUGGAAAGAAACAAAAGUCUUCCCCCAGGAAUGGUAGAAAUCUGUGAAUCUCACUCCAGUGCCAAGGCUGUUGAUUUUUUUAAUUGUUUUUUUGGCAAUGGAAAAGUGAGCAAUAUAAUUAUUAAGUAAUGUAUUCAUGCUGAAGUCAGAAGAACUUCAGGCAUUGUGAGACAACACUUGUGAACUUUCCGUUCCUCAGGUUAUCUGAGAUGGUUUAAUGAUAUGUUAAUUUGUGCUGAUGAAAGGGACUGAUGCUGAGUUGGCUUACUUAGAAAAGCCUGAGGAGACAGAGGACUUCUCUUCCUUGAUGGGUAGAGCAAGCAGAUUUCAAUCAGACAAGGUCUGGUUCUGCUGUUCUGCUGACCAGAAGUUUAACUCUGAUUGCUCUGCUGCUGUUGUUCUCUUAAUUUGCUGAUGCUGUUCCUUGCAGGAGGAAAAGAACAGCUUGGAUUUUGAGGAACAUGAAGGGUGGUGUCCUUGUCCUGUUGUUGCACUGCUGCCAGCUCUUUUUAGGAUCAUCUAUUUUCAAAACAAGGGCUGCUUGCCAGGCUUGCAGCAGCCCAGAGGAGGAGCAGGCACCUCUCUUGAAGCAGUAGCCAGGGGCUAAAACAGGAGGGGUCAUUGCUCCUGGAUAGUGGACAUGGGAGGGCCUGUGUGAUGACAGACUUGCAAUAAAUUCUCUCUUAUUCAUCAUGCAAACAAAACUGGGAUCAGUCUGAAAUAUUCCUUAUGGUUUUGUUUAUCAUAAAUGAAUUUCAAGAGGACUACAAAUAAGGUAUCAAGCUAAGGAAAUUGGUAGUUGUACUCAGUCCAUCAGGUUUCCAUGGCCCUUUUUGACUUCAGCAGUUGUUCUGUGAGGAAGAUGCUCACCAUGUUCACAAAAUGUUAGCAUUAAGAGCCUUUACAGGGGGGCAGAUAUGUCCCUGCAAGUCAUUGCCUGAUGUGUCAUUUAUAACUGGAGACCUGUAGGGUUUUGUUUUCUCUCAAAGCUUUAGUGGUAUUUCAGUUUGUGACAAGAGCUGUAAUUAGGUUUUUAAACUCUUUAAACCUGUGAGAACUGUCUAGGUAACCAUCUGUCUCAUAACUGCAGUAAAGGUGUGCAUGCAACUUAAAAGCUGCAUCACCUUAGAGUGGAUUCACUGAGGUCAGGUAUGGAGUUUUGAUUUGUGACCAGAACACCUUCACUCUGUAUUGGAAUUUUGUCUUGGAAUUCUAUAUCAUUAGUGUAUCUGCCAAGGACCUCAAAUACAAAAAGUUACUGUAUCCCAGGCGAUGGAAAUACUUCCUCAAUAAAACCACCAAGAGAGAAGGAGGGUGGGACUUCUGGGCUAUGGCCACACCUCUGCAGUGUAACAUUUUAUAUGGGAGACUACAAAAUCAUAUUAACAAGGCUCAGCAAUUAUUCUCUUCUUUAGGUUUCUCUUUCCCUUCUCUUCACUGCCCUAAAGCUAAUAAGCCCUUUCAUUUACAGGUAUUUUUGCACUCUAAAAUAUAAGUUCAAUGCCUUUGGAGAUCAGUGUGCUGUGCAAUGUUUUCUGUCUCCCUGCAAUGCCAACUGUUCUUAUGUGGUAAAUGUAAUUGAAAACAUAGACUGGGUACUUUUCUUUUAUAAACCUCUGUCCUGGAGGUGUGCAAGACAACAAACACCUGUAAGACAGGUGUAUAAUCUGUGUGAGGGAGCUAGAUAUGCAUUGCAUGGCCUGAUUACAUGAAGAGCCAGUGUACCAACUGUUAGUGCUUUUGCUUUUACAGACUCAUCUGGAAACAGUUAUCUUGGAUAUUUUUUCUUGAAUGGACUUUAAUGUUUUCUAUUGUAAUCUUGUGAAUAUUUUAAUACACUUUUUUUUUCCCAUUA